CUCGCAGUUGUGGUGGUACUACAUGUCUCUUCUCCUCUCUUCACAAUUUUCUUUCUCAUUUUCCAAUUCCCUGCAUUUAACAUCCAUUUUUCUAUAGAAAUCUCUUUUUCACAGUAUCUCAUUAGCAACCUCAAAAAUGGUUGACAAAGAAUUAGCCAGGACUGUUAUAGGCAUCAUGGGAAAUAUACUCUCUUUUUGCUUAUUUGGUUCGCCAAUACCCACGUUUGCGAAAAUUUUGAAAAGCAAAUCAGUUGGGGAUUUCAAGCCAGACCCCUAUCUAUCAACCUUAAUGAACUGCUUUCUAUGGGAUUUCUAUGGCCUGCCAAUGGUCCAUCCAGAAACUCUCUUGAUUACCAUCAACAGUAUUGGACUAGCCAUGUCUGCUCUUUAUAUUACCAUCUUCUUGAUCUAUGCUGAAACGAAAGCCCGAGUCAGUAUUUCUAUAAUCAUUAGUUGCCAAUAA